AUGGUGCUCGUCGUCUCUGUCAUCUUGCUCACGAUGACUCAACAAAUAAUGAGUGAGUAUCAUGACGCAUUUGCGCUUUUCGAAGCAGAUGCUUCGUUCAUCCCGAGCCAACAUCAGGAAUCUCCAUUCUUUCACGAAAACCAAGGCACCAUAGAAACUCGCGUCACGCUUAGCCCCUGGAUUCCAGUGUCCACUCUCCCAUCCACCACCACCGCCAGCGAACAAUUUCUAAUCACUCCAAAACUUCUCCAAAUCGUUUCUCAGACCGAGAAACCUCUGGCUCAGGGAUCCAUGGAUGAACUGGGCACAAACGACACAUCUCACAAUUACGCUCUUGUUGGACUUGUAUUUGUGAUUUUCAUGUUACUGCUCCUGAUAACUCUCAGCAACAUCAACAGCGACUGGUUCCGUCGAGUUAACACAGAAAAAUUCCGUCAUAUUGAGAUGGUUGUCGACAAUGGAUCAGAUUCUAUUGCCGUAUUGGAGAUUCCAACAUACGAGAUUGACACCUCCAAAGUCUUCUGGCUUCCAGGUUACAAGAAGCAACUCAGUGUAGUCCGCGAAGUCUCUCAAGAAAUUGACUUUUAA